AUGAUCACGUCCCGCGACUGCCAGGUUUCAUCUCAACGGGGCCCGGCGCUAUAUGGAGUGGCAGAAGCUGGUUCUGGAAGCGACCGUGGAUCCCUGUUCUGGGGAUCCGGAACCGGAAGUUCCCCCUGUACCUGCGGUGGAGCGCCCCGAGCACGGAACUUGGCGCGCAAUACUGCAAAGGCCAAGAUCGACAGCGACGAGGAAUCUGAGACGGGCCAUAAGUCAGGUGAUCCGUUGGACCAGAAGGACGUCGUGUCUAUGUCGCAGAAAAGGGACGGGUAUCCGGCGGCUGUUCCUGAAGAUCAACCUGAUCAACGUGACACAUCGGAUCUGGGCCUCACAUGGGACUCGGAUCAGGAUUACGACGAAUGCGUGUAUUACCACGAAGGCACUGAUCUCUACGCUGAAGAUGUCGACGGACAACUCGCGAUACCGGAAGAAAUCGAUCGACUCCGUCGGAUCUGGAAGUUCCGACAUCUGCUGAUCGGCAAGGGAAAUGCGCUCCCGCCAGCAGCCCCAGGGGUUGUGUGUGAUAUUGAUGUGGGAGGAGCCCGACCGACCGCGCUUAAGUGCCGUAAGCUGCGGAUCCAGUUCCGAGAAAAGCUGGCAGAACUGAUCAAGGGCCUUCUGUCGGCGAAGAUGAUCAACGACUCAAGAUCGCCAUGGGCAUCGCCGAUCGUCGUGAUCAUCAAGAAGAAUGGUUGGAUAUACAGUUGUGUAUUGAUUAUCGGUUGUCUGACACAGCUGGUGGUUUACCCGAUGCCGCUGAUCAACGAUCUACUGAUGGAUCUGGAGUCUACACUAUGGUAUUGCUCACUGGAUAUGGCGAGUGGUUUUUGA